CUCUGUAUUCCAGUUUGUCAAAGUUGCUUGGUUGUCGAAAAGAUUCCUAGUUGUCUGCUAUCCCUAUUGACAGAUUUGCUCAAGACCGUCCAGCAGUGUAUCUAAGCCUGCUCAAUUGUGUACCCAAGAAUCAUACGUGACCAGGAGAAUCGUCAUCUGAGACAAGACCAGAAACUCAAUCCUAUGGUACCAAAACCUUUGCAUUCAAACAUACACAUGGAAUCUCCUAACCGCGUGCCGACGCCGUGGCACAUGAAGCCAGCAAUCGCACAGGCCACCGCGCGGUCGAUCGCCGCCGGGUUAUUUAUCGGCUCCGUCGUACUCGUUUCCAAUUUCCAGUUCGGGCUCCAGAGUGGCUGGGUGUCGAUGAUGUCGCUACCGUCAUCGCUCCUCGGGUUUGCCAUCUUCAAGACGUUUGCCGCAAAGUUGCUGUACCCCUUCUCCGACGUGGAAAAUGUCUUUGUGCAGAGUGUUGCGGUGGCGGUGGGCACAGGACCGCUCGCCUACGGGCUUGUGGGCAUUGUGCCGGCGAUUGAGAAGUUCAUGACACCGGAAGAGUCCGGGGUAGGCCACACGAUCAGACUCAAUCUCCUCCAGUUAUUUGUGUGGUGCAUCGGGAUCGGUUUCUUUGGGGUCUUUUUCUCCAUUCCGUUGAGAAAUCAGGUUAUUCUCAAGGAAAAGCUUCCCUUCCCCAGCGGAAGUGCCACCGCUACCCUCAUUUCGGUGCUUCACGACACAGAGAUCUUGGACGAGACAAAGCCGCAAGUGCAACCCAUUGCGGACGAAGAGGCGUCAAUGAACAUGUUGGACUCGCCUGAGAUCCUUGCCUUGAGCCACUCCGAAACAUACCAGAAGAACAUGUACAACUUGCUUGUAACCUUUGCCGUUUCAUCUGCCUAUACCGUUUUAUCCUACUUCGUGCCCCAGCUCCGCUCGAUCCCCAUCUUUGGGAGUAGGCUUUCGCGUGACUAUUUGUGGAAUCUCCAACCGUCGCCCGCCUACAUCGGCCAGGGGAUCAUCAUGGGAUUGCCAACGGUUUCGUACAUGCUUUUUGGGGCCGUUCUAGGCUGGGCCGUGCUUGCUCCGUUGGCCAAACACAUGGGCUGGUCCCCAGGGCAGAUUGACGACUGGAAGGAGGGGGGCCAGGGAUGGAUCUUGUGGAUAUCUUUGGCAGCCAUGGUUGCCGAUAGUGUUGCGAGUUUUGUGGUGGUCACCACAAAGUCUCUCUGGCACUUGUACCAGAAGCACCAGGCGGAAAACCAGUACCACCCGGCUAACCGCUUGCUCGGACCUGUACUUCGCGACGACUCGUCGAACGAAAACCCGGAAAAUUCCACGUUUGACAGACAAAGCGUCGGAGAAGAAUUCGGAGCUGCUUCGGAAAACCUGGAAAUUGAUAAGAUGGAGCCGGAGUUUCUUGUUUCCAACAAAACCACAUAUACCGGACUAGCGGUUUCCUCCGUGUUGUGCGUGGCCUGCGUCCGCUACGUGUUUGGUCCCGUAAUUCCCAUUUUCUCCAUUGUCGUUGCGCUCCUCAUUGCGUUCUUCCUCUCGAUCCUUGGUGUUCGCGCGCUCGGAGAGACGGACUUGAACCCAGUGAGCGGGAUUGGCAAGAUUUCGCAGUUGAUCUUUGCGUUUGUGAUCCCCAAGGACCAGCCAGGUGCGGUACUCAUCAACUUGGUGGCUGGGGGAAUCGCCGAAGCCGGCGCCCAACAGGCGGGUGACUUGAUGCAGGACUUGAAGACAGGGCAUCUCGUGGGCGCCUCGCCAAAGGCGCAGUUCAUAGCCCAGAUGAUUGGCAGUUUCUGGCUGAUCCUCCUCAGCGGGGUCAUGUAUAGAGUUUACGAUUCGGUGUACGAGAUUCCCGGAAAGGUGUUUAGGAUUCCGACGGCUAUCAUCUGGAUCGAUUGCUCGCGUCUUGUUACGGGCCAAGGCUUGCCUCCCCACGCGCUUACCGCUUCUAUCGUUGUGGGUGUGAUCUUUGCGUGCAUCUCAUUGGCGAAGAAUUUGACACCGAUGGGCCACUGGUUCCACGGCAAGUUGGUCUAUUUGCCGUCUGGGGUGGCUGUGGGUAUUGGCAUUUACAACACACCUUCGUUUACCAUUGCUAGGUUUGCGGGGGGGUUGGCGUCCUGGUGGUGGAUCCGCCGCGCAACUGAUGCUAAAGGGACUGUGCCGCUGGACGCCCGAAUCUCCAUGAUUGUGUUUAGCUCCGGCUUGGUAUUGGGCGAGGGGAUGCUUAGUUGUGUCACGAUGUUGAUGACCAGUUUAGGGGUUCCGCAUUUCUAGGCACCACCCUAUGGAUUUUCAAUGGCGUGACGGGGAAUAUCCCUACGAGUAACCAUCUUUAGGAGAAAGUGUCUGGAUAGAGUGGUGGCAUUGUAUAAGCAAACAUUUGCAUUUGAGUUGGAGUACAAGCAUGUGUAGAAAUAUCCGGGUACAAGUGUAACUGAGCACUUUACAGAUGCAUAUGUGUGGUGAAGCAGAGUUCAAGCCGCUGGUGUGUAUUGAAGCAGCUCUAACUGCCGAUGUAUAUUGGAGAAAACGUAAGCACGCUUGCAUCCUGGAUCUGUUAAUGACCUGCCUAAACGAUUAUUUUCCAUUUCCCAAAUUCUAGUCU